AUGGCAGACCUCUCAGUGCGCCUGGCGGCUCUAAUCCUCCUAGGAGUGGCCCUAUGCGCGGCGCAGCCCCGCGGCCGGAUCCUGGGCGGGAGCGAGUCCAAGGCCCACCAGCGGCCCUACAUGGCCUCGGUGCAGGUGAACGGCACACACGUGUGCGGCGGCUUCCUGGUGUCUGAGCAGUGGGUGCUGAGCGCAGCGCACUGCCUGGAAGACGUGACCAACGAGACGGUGCAGGUGCUCCUGGGCGCGCACUCGCUGUCGCAACCCGAGCCAUCCAAGCACCUGUACGACGUGCUCCGAGCAGUGCCUCACCCUGACAGCCGCCCCGAUACGAUCGACCACGACCUCCUUCUACUGCAGGGCGACUCCGGGGGCCCACUGGUGUGCGACGGCGUGGCCGAGGGCGUGGUCACCUCGGGAUCCCGCGUGUGCGGCAACCGCAAGAAGCCGGGUAUCUACACUCGAGUGGGGAGCUAUGCGUCCUGGAUCGACAGUGUGAUGGCCGGAGGCGUGGCUGCCUGA